AUGGCCUUUGCAGCAUCCCUGGCUGAAUUCCAAGCAGUGGCUAAUUGCCCCAUUGGCCUAGAUUUCCUGAGAAACAAAUGUCCCUUAACUGCAACCAAAACUUUUGUUGCUACUGCAUCAACCAGUGCUGGGAAGAUCUGCAGGACAUCCUCCCAUGUCCUGUCUGCCUCCACCACUGCUUUGAGAGGAAUCUCAAGAUUGAUAACCAAUUAUGUCACUGAUAUUGUGAGGCAACUUCCUACCAGGAGGAGCAAGGGGAAAUCUCAGGAAGAGAAAGCCCUGUGUAAGAAACACAAUCAGGUUCUAACCCUGCUCUGUGAGAAGGACCUGGACCUAUUGUGUGCUCAGUGCAAGGUCUCCUCUUUACACCAUGAUCACUAUUUGAUGCCUCUUGAGCAAGCUGCAGCUCAUCACAGGAAGAAACUCAAAAGCUCCUUUGAGCCACUUAAGAAGCAAGUUGAAGAUGCAGAAAUGGGGCUAGAAAUCCACUAUCAAAAUCAUUUGAAUUGA